CGCCUUGACCGCUACCAAUUCGAGCAACGAGUUUGAGCAUUUGGCAACAUAAUAAAAAGUUAUAAUUCAUGGGUAGAAAAUAAAAUAUUCCAUUUUACUUUUUAACCUAGCUAGCUAUGAUAGUGAUCAACAAUUUUUGAUUGUUAAGUUGUUACUUUGCAAAAAUAUGAAAUGGCCUCAAAGAGAAAGAGUAAACAAAAUAUUCCUCCUGUACCAUGUCGCUUCAAAGAAUGUGACGCACUUUUCAGUAAUGAUUGGGAAUUGAAUGGACAUAUAGAAGAACAUUUGAAGGAAAUCAUACAGGAUGGCACGGAAACGUUUGAUUGUUCAUGGAAUGAGUGUAAUUUCAGAACCAAUGAUUUUACAGAACUCAAGCGACAUACAUAUUACCAUGGUUACUAUGCUGCUCUCUUGAUAAGAGGAAAAUACGAAUGUGAACAGAAUCCCAGUAUACCCAAAUGUAGUGCGCGUCCAAGAAAAACUGAUAAGAUACCCGAAUUGAAAAAUGAUUUCAUUUGUGAAUGGACAGAUUGUCAACGCACAUUUAUAUCUAUAGUAGAAUUUCAGGAUCACAUUAUACAGCAUGCUUCAUUUGAAUAUGAAAUUCAAAAGUCGCCGAAUGAUACCAGACCAAAGGUACAAUGUAAAUGGAGCAUAUGUCGAAAGCGUUUGGACAAUAGGUACAGACUAAUUGAGCACAUCCUUACCCAUUCGAAUAAAAAAUUUGUUGCAUGCCAUCAUUGUGGCGAAGUUUUUCGGACUAAAACCACACUCUUCGAUCAUCUGCGAAGGCAACCGGAGAAUAACACACACAAAUUUCAAUGCGAACAGUGCUUUAAGUAUUUCGCGACAGCGAAGUUAUUACGUUCCCACUUCUUAAAGCACGUAAAUUGCUAUAAAUGCAGCCUUUGCAAUAUGUCGUGUCCGUCUUCAAGUUUAUUAGCAACGCAUAUACGUUAUCGUCAUUUGAAGGACAAGCCGUUUAAAUGUACUGAAUGUGAACACCGUUGCGUACGCAAAUGCGAUCUCGAAAAACAUAUGAAACACAUUCAUAGCAAUCAAGUUCAUCGUUGUCAACAAGCUGGCUGCAACUAUGCCGUGCGAACAUAUAAUUUGUUAAGACGGCAUUGUUUGGAAGUUCAUGGAAACAGUCCAUUUAUCUACAUGUGUCAUUGCUGCGACAAAUUGUUUAAACAUAGUAAAUAUCUAUCAGAACAUUUAAUUAAGAAACAUGACUUCCAACUUCCUUCUGGGCAUAAACGAUUUACUUACCGCGUCGAUGAAAAUGGAUUUUACCUAUUAGAAACGUUGCGUAUUGAAAGUCUCGAAGUGACUAAGCAGAUUUUAUCACCACACCCGUUAGAAGCAUCCGAUGUAACUCAAGAUAGCAGUUGCUAUGAAAUAGUUUCCAUGACUAAUGAGCAGGACCAGCGUAUAAUUGUUGCGAAUGAUGCAAACGAAGCACGACUGGUUGGCGAAGUUAUUAUAUCUUUACCACUGUGGAAUGAGAGUUGAUUAAGAAUAAAUUAAAAUUAUAUAAUUUUUAA